UUAGGUUUCACUGGCACACAUUUUCUCCGUGUUACCCCGAAUGGCGCUACUGCUCGACAGUUUCCUGACAUUGUCCGCAAAUAUAUCAAGAAAGAAGUUGAAUUACAGCAUGCGUGUGGUCCUUUUCAAAUAGUUCCUUUCCCCAAUUUCGUGAUUUCCUCACUUGGUGUCCGGCCCAAGAAAACAGGCGGAGCCCGUUUAAUAAUGGACCUAUCACGACCUUUCGGCGACUCGGUUAAUGACUACAUAUCCCGUCAAGAUUACACCUUGAAAUUCUGUUCCGUCGACGAUGCCGUUAAAAUUCUGACACGACUUGGUCCAGGGGCAUUAAUGGCGAAGGUCGAUUUGAAACAUGCCUUCCGGUUGAUUCCUGUCCAUCCUGCUGACUGGCAUCUCCUUGGAUAUCAAUUUGACAAUUUGUAUUACUUUGAUAUUGUCUUGCCAUUUGGCCUUCGCUCGUCUCCAGCAAUUUUUAACCGUCUAUCUGACUUCCUUGAAUGGAUUGUUCGACAUGUGGCAAAUUUCGCUGAUGUGCUUCACUAUGUCGAUGACUUCUUCUUUGCCGGCCCAGCAAAUUCCCGCCUUUGCCAACUCGUGAUGGAGUUUUUCUUUUUACUGUGUGGUGACCUUGGCGUUCCCAUCGCUUUGGAUAAGUGUGACGGCCCUUCAACAACCAUAACCUUCCUUGGUGUUCAAAUCGAUACAGUAACUCAAACUCUCUCACUACCAGAAGAAAAGCUGCGGGAUCUUUUGUCAGAGUUUCAAGUUUUUUCCAAUGCCAAGUCGAUGACAAAACGUGACCUUUUAAGUUUGAUUGGUAAAUUGAGCUGGGCUACUAAAAUUAUCCCUGCGGGUCGGAUUUUUCUUCGCAGAAUGAUCAACUUGGCCAACAGUGUUCGUCAGCUUCAUUAUCGCAUAUCUCUAAACAAAGAAUUCCGUGCCGAUCUAAAUUGGUGGCUAGAGUUUCUGCCGUUAUGGAACGGUUUUUAUUCUUUUCUCGAGCCAACAUGGACUUCGUCUGCCGAUUUAAAUUUGUUUACCGACGCUUCAUUGACCUUUGGUUGUGGUGCUGUCUACGGACAUGAAUGGCUGCAGUAUGAAUGGCCAAGUGAAUUGUCUUCUUUAAAGCCACAUAUAACUUGGUGUGAAAUGUUUCCAGUUUUGCUCGCCUGCCAUGUGUGGGGACAUCGGUGGCGCACGUUACGACUGACCUUUUAUUCUGACAAUAGUGCAGUUGUUUCAACCUGGAAAUCGUUUUCGUCGCGUCAUUGUGGUGUCAUGGAUCUAAUUCGUCGGAUUUAUUUUACCGCAGCACGACACAAUUUUCAUGUUCGUAUCGUUCAUAUCCCGGGAAAAGAUAACUUGGCAGCCGACGCUCUUUCAAGGAAUCGUCUCGAUUUGUUUCGUCAACUCGUUCCCGAAGCUGAUAUCGCUCCACAGCCUGUAAACUAUGAUGUGUCUCUGUUACUUCAUGCGCUGACCGCUGGUCAAGAAAGAACAAAGAAAGCGGAUCAAAUGCGUGCAGCGUCUGGAUUCCGUGAUGGACAGACUUUGCAGCGCCCACCUGUCAUCGAAUAGUUCCAAGUCCUAUCGUUCAGCAUUUCAAAGUUUUCAUCAUCAGCGGUUACCCUGGCCUUUGCGGGCUUUCUUCGCUCUGCAGAAUUUUGCUCACCGUUGUCACUGAAAUUAUCC